GCGAAGCAGCUUCUUCCGCUGAGCGUGGCCAGCGUUCAGAAAACACCACCGCUCUCGCCGAGUUGCCACGUGCUACUCGUGGCGGGAAAACGCACGUCGUCGCUGUUGUAUGUGCACGCGUGCUCGCGUCGAAUGGUUAAAUUGAUAGAUAUCGGAAAAGAGGAAUUAAUGAGCACGGCGGAACGAUCCAUACUUCAGUAUUUGCCCUCGGAAUUUCGAGCUUGAACGAACCUCGCUACGCGAGCUGCUAGAGCUGCCGACUUGAAGUGCGGACAGGUUAAAUCCACGGGUUUUCGCACGACAAUAAUUUUGUUAAGAAGAAUGCUGCAGAGCGGAUGCCGUUCCGUCCACAAUGGGACCUACGAGGAAGCCAUAAAAAUGUUGAACAACAAUCUACAAAGCAACGCCGCUUAUCUGCGAUCCGUCGAUGAUCUUGCGAAAAGGAAGCACGACCCGAAUGAUUCCACGAAAUUAAAGGAGACUGAAAAAUAUUUAAUUCGGUCUGGCAUCGAUUUGGACUUGCUGGACACUCUGUCCAUCAUCCAUGUCGCUGGUACCAAGGGUAAGGGUACAACGUGUGCGUUUGCGGAGGCGAUUCUGCGACAGCACGGCUUCACCACGGGUUUCUACAGCUCGCCGCACCUAGUCUCUGUGCGGGAGCGCAUUCAGAUAAAUGGCGAACCCAUCAGCAAGGAGCACUUCGCUGGCUGCUUCUGGACUGUCUACCGACGUCUGGAGGAAGCACGGGAGUCCGAGUCUGACAUGCCGAUGUACUACAAGUUCCUGACGAUUCUCAUGUUCCACGUGUUUCUGGAGGCGAAUGUUGACGUAGCCAUCAUCGAGGUGGGAAUCGGUGGCGAACUGGAUUGCACCAAUAUCGUGCGGAAUCCGGUUUGCGUGGGUAUAACGAGGCUGAGUCUGGAGCAUACUAGUUUACUGGGCAACACUCUGCCGGAGAUCGCUUAUCAGAAGUCGGGGAUCUUCAAGCCGAAUGCGCUGGCUUUCACGGUGCCGCAACUGCAGUCGGCGAUGCGCGUUCUGCAGGAACGAGCCGUGGAAAGGAAGUGCCGCAACCUGGAAGUGGUUUCGGCCCAAAAUUGCACAUUGGUACCCAAUGCCAUCGAAAUAGCUCUGGCGCUUAAAUACGGCGUGCUGUAUCAAAAUGCUUUGCUGGCGAUCAGUCUGGCAUUCGAGUGGAUGAAAGCGCGUCGCGACGAGUCCGUUGCGCAAUUUUAUUACACCGAGAACUUUUACGAUUUUCAAAGCGAUGUCGACGCAUCGCAGAUAAUUUCAUUAGAUAACGUCAUGACAGCGUUGACGGACUGCAAAUGGCCUGGCCGCACGCAAAUUCUCAAGACCAGUGUCGCGGAUUUCUUUCUGGACGGUGCUCACACGUACGAGAGUAUCGUCAAUUGUGUAUCGUGGUUUAAAAGAAACAGCCAGGAAGCAUCCAAUAAGUUCUUGAUAUUUCACACCAGCGGCACCCGGAAUUCCCUGCCAUUCUUAAACCUACUGAAACCCCUGAACUUCGAUAGAGCUUAUUUCACUCCAAAUUACGCCGGCGUGGUCAGCGUGGAGGAUUUAUCGAGUCACAUAGUAAUCGAUGAAGAGACAAGUAAAUGCAGAAAGCACAGCGCGUUCUGGGGCAAUAGUUCAGUAGUGAAGAAUAACGUUGCCGAGGUGAUCAGCGACAUUAAAGAGCAUGUAUCGUCGCGAGGGGACAGUCACGAUAAGAUAGAGAUUCUUGUAACAGGAUCCUUACAUUUGGUUGGCGCGUUACUGACUAUCCUGGACCCUGGCUUAACAAUGCGCAGUGAUUUUUAAUGUAAUAUAAAAUAGGCAUAAAAUUUGACUUGUUAAGAUGCUCGCGUCGAUGUCGAUGUCGAUAUAUCGCUACG